CACCACAAUCAAUCAUGGGAAAGAGUCAAUUGAAAGUAUUGGGGGUUCCUAUUGAGACAAUUCGAGUGCUCUUGCGUGUGAUCAUCUUUAUUUCGAUUGCCGGAGCAGCCAUCUCCUCCAGAUUGUUUUCCGUCAUUCGAUUUGAAAGUAUCAUUCACGAAUUCGAUCCUUGGUUUAAUUUCCGAGCUACCAAAUAUUUAGUCAGUCAUUCCUUCUACGAGUUCUUGAACUGGUUCGAUGACAGAACGUGGUACCCCUUGGGUAGAGUCACCGGUGGUACUUUGUACCCUGGGUUGAUGGUUACCUCCGGUGCCAUUUGGCAUAUUUUGAGAGACUGGUUCAGCAUGCCCGUCGACAUUAGAAACAUUUGUGUCAUGUUGGCGCCAGCCUUCUCCGGGUUGACGGCCAUUGCUACUUAUUUCUUCACUAAGGAAAUGAAGGAUUCUAAUGCGGGAUUGUUGGCUGCUAUCUUCAUGGGUAUUGCGCCUGGGUACAUCUCCAGAUCGGUGGCUGGAUCCUAUGAUAACGAAGCUAUUGCUAUCACUUUAUUGAUGGCUACUUUCUACUUCUGGAUUAAAGCCAUGAAGUUGGGAUCGGUCUUUUAUGCCACCUGGACUGCUUUGUUCUACUUUUAUAUGGUUAGUGCAUGGGGUGGAUACGUUUUCAUCACUAACUUGAUUCCAUUACAUGUGUUUGUCUUGAUUUUAAUGGGAAGAUACAACAAGAAGUUAUAUACUGCUUAUACUACCUGGUAUGCCUUGGGUACGUUAGCCUCAAUGCAAAUUCCAUUUGUUGGUUUCCUUCCAAUCAGAUCAAAUGACCAUAUGGCCGCCUUGGGUGUAUUCGGAUUGUUACAAUUAGUCGGGGUUGGAAACUACGUCAAGGCCCAAGUUCCAUCUCGUCAAUUCAAAUCAUUCUUGGUUGUUUCUUUGACUUUAGUGUUCUUGUUGGGUAUUGGUGGGUUAUUCGGAUUGACCGCCAUGGGAUGGAUUGCCCCUUGGACAGGUAGAUUCUAUUCCUUGUGGGAUACAAGUUACGCCAAGAUUCACAUUCCUAUUAUUGCCUCCGUCUCUGAACAUCAACCUACCGCAUGGCCAGCAUUUUUCUUUGACACAAGUAUGCUUAUUUGGUUAUUCCCAGCCGGUAUCUACAUGUGUUUCCAAGAAUUGCGUGAUGAACAUGUUUUUGUGAUUAUUUACGGUGUGUUGUGUUCUUACUUUGCCGGUGUCAUGGUUAGAUUGAUGUUGACUUUAACACCAAUUGUGUGUGUUUCCGCAGCCAUUGCCUUGUCCAAGUUGUUUGACGUUUAUUUAAACAUUGUUGACCUUUUCACUACUACCGAAGAAGAAAAGGGCAAGAAACCAAAAGCAUUCCCUGCCGCUGCUUUGAUUUCUAGAGUGGUUGUCUUGUUAUCAUUUGCAUUCUACCUUUUCUACUUUGUCUUGCAUUGUACUUGGGUCACUUCCAAUGCUUACUCGUCACCUUCAGUUGUGUUGGCCACAAACAAUCCAGACGGGUCUCAGCAUAUCAUUGAUGAUUAUAGAGAAGCUUACUACUGGUUGAGAAUGAACACUCCUGAGGAUGCCAAGGUCAUGGCCUGGUGGGAUUAUGGGUAUCAAAUUGGUGGUAUGGCUGAUAGAACCACUUUGGUCGAUAACAACACCUGGAACAACACCCAUAUCGCCACUGUUGGUAAGGCUAUGGCUUCUCCUGAAGAAGUAUCCUACAAGAUUUUUAGACAACAUGAUGUCGACUAUGUCUUGAUUAUAUUUGGGGGAUUAUUGGGAUACUCUGGUGAUGAUAUAAAUAAGUUUUUGUGGAUGGUAAGAAUCGCCGAAGGUAUUUGGCCCGACGAAAUCCAUGAACGAGAUUACUUCACUGAGCGUGGUGAGUACAAGGUCGAUAAGGACGCUUCCAAGGCCAUGAAGGAAUCUUUGAUGUAUAAAUUGUCGUACUAUAGAUUUGCUGAAUUGUAUGGAGGCAGAGAUGGGGCCGAUAGAGUUAGAAACCAACAAAUUCCAGCCAAUGACCCACCACAAUUGAGUACCGUUGAAGAAGUAUUCACUUCUGAAAACUGGAUUGUGAGAAUUUAUAAAGUCAAGGAUUUAGAUAACGUGGGAAGGGAUUUGAAGCAAGCUACUGCGUUUGAACAACCUGGUGCUUCCAAGAAGAAUAGAUCGAUUAAGAAGCCAAAGUUGGAUAUUAGAAUAUAAGCAAUGAAGCACUUUGGUAUAACCUCAUUUUUUUUUGAAAAUAGUUCAAUAAAAACAGAUAUAACGUAA